AACAAAGCUAACACAGCCUUGUAUAAAGAGGCCUGACACAGACCGAUUCAGUGGAUUUAAUCUAAAGCUUGUUUGUUCUUUAACAAAGCCCAGAGCCCAGAACACAAUGGCUACAGAUAUUAAAAUGCUUUUUUGCAUUGGACUUGCUGUUGUGUUAACAGGUGUGGGAAAGUCUGCCUUUAUUGGAAAGACCCACUCUGGAGGGAAAGAUGAUCCUGUGCUGCAAUAUGUUGUUAACAACUCACUGAGGGAGCACCCAGUCCUCACCAAACUCAGACUGAGAACCCUUGAAGACCCGUGGGCUAUCAUGAUGGUUUCCAGUGACCAAGCCCAGUUUAUGGCAAAUCUCGUUAAACUGAUAAAUGGAACUAAAGCUAUUGAAAUUGGGAUGUACACAGGGUACAAUGCAUUGAGCAUGGCUUUGGCCAUGUCAGAGAAUGGACGUGUGGUGGCUUGUGAAAUAGAAGAGAAAUAUGUGAACAUUGCCAAACCAUUUUUUAAAGAGGCUGGAGUUGAAAACAAGAUAGAUGUACAGCUUCAAACAGCCAUGGAGACACUGGAUGCACUGAUAGCAGGCGGGGAAGCUGGAACAUUUGACUUUGUGUUCAUCGAUGCUGAUAAAUCCAACUAUGACGGAUACUAUGAGAAAUCUCUUGAGCUCAUACGAAAAGGAGGCAUCAUUGCGAUUGACAAUGUGCUGUGGAGUGGAAAGGUCGUGAAUCCUGCCCCCAGUGACAACACCUCACAGGCGCUGGACGCUCUCAAUAAGAAGCUUCACAAGGACCAGAGGAUUGAUCUGAGCAUGCUCACUGUGGGUGACGGGCUGACCAUUGCAAUCAAACGCUAAAACUGCUGUAGUCAAUUGUUUGUCUUAAUUGUGCUUUAAUUUUGACAUUAAAAAAACAUAAGAGUUA